AUGUUUCUCUCAUCCACUGCCAAGAUGCAGCCUCCAGGCGCAGGCGCAGGUGCAGAAUGUUCAGCCGAAACUUCAGCUGCGCUCGUGCAGGCGCUGGUGUCCGGCCUCACCCCGACGCCGACGGUCGUAGCCAUCAUCACCAUCAUGAUCAUCAUCACAAGUUGCCUCGUAUUUCCAUUGAUUGUGCGACGGGCUCUGGUACAGCUAGUCCAAGAGAUGUUGAAGGCGACACAGAGCAUGGAGAGCUGCUACCUCGGGGCCGUCGACAACGGGCGGAUGAUGGAUCGAGACGGCGAGCUUAAGCAGGAAUUGGAGAAGACUCAGCUGGAGAUAUCCACGCUCCGGGAGGAGUAUCUUCGAAGCUUGUUAUCGUACCGGACCGAAGCUCUGUAUUGGCUGGCAGGACGCGCCUUCAGAUUGCUCGCUGCGACCAGGCGCGUUGGCAUUUUGCGGAUCCGAAUCGAGAUUCAAAUGGAACAGCGCAGUCGGGAUCCCCCCCAAGCCAAUCCGAUAGCUGCUAUCACACGGCGCCGUCGGUGUCAAUGGACGGAUCACCGAGCGGAGGUGGAUAUGUAGUCCUU